AUGUCCGCCCCCAACCAAGGCCGCCAAUCGCCCUCCCCUGACCGCCAAACCGCCGCGCAGCAGCAAGAACCCCCUUCGUCGGGAAACAUCAACCCGCAGUACAAGGACUCCUCGUCCUCUUCCUCGGGGGACCAGUCGCAGCAGGGCGGUGGUCUGUCGAGUAACCCGAAGCAUAUCUUGGAGGAUGUGGAGGCGAAGAAGUUUACGAAGGGGCCUGGGAACUGA